AUGAGUAGGGGUGAAGACAGGAUGGAGGAUAAUGAGAGGAGAGCAUUGGAGGAGCUUAGAAGAGCGAUGGGACAGGACCUUGGGGUGGAAGAUAGCGUAGGGGGGUCAGUUCAAGGAGAUGAGUCCGUUCCACCAGUACCGUCUAAUCCUCCUACACCUGUGGCCGAUAUUCUCCCACCUAUUGGAUCCCCAGUGGGAUCGGAUCAAACCCCACGGCCAGAAAACAAUGGAGGUGGAACGAACUUCGGAGAAGGAGGGACUCAAGGGGUAAUGUUGGCCUUAAUGCAGAUGGUGGCAAAUAUGAACAAGGAUAUGAUGGAGGAGAGAAGGCGUAGGGAGGAGGGACAACCUUCGGCGCAGGUUGGUGUCCAAGCGACCAUGACGUCGACGGUGGUAAAGAGUGCGCCGCCGAACAUCGACGAAGUUCGCCGAAAAUGGCCUAGGCCGAGCGCCGAUCUGAGGGAGACAAGGAGGAAAGAGGGGAAGUGCACGGAGUGUGGUGAAACAGGACAUUGGCUGAAGGAAUGUCCUGUAAGGGAGGCUAAGGUUAAGGUUGGACUGUUGCCUCCAUGGGGGGAGAAGUUCGGAGAACGUGGUGGAGGAUCGGGAGGGAACGCAGUACCUCUCGGACAGAGGAGGAACUUGAAUGCGGUUGGAGGAGAAGUAGAUUUGGAAGAGGACCAGGGAAAAGAAGAGGACCUGUCGCAGUAG